GGGAGGGGGGAGGGUUGCCGUGUGGCCAAUUGGAGCUGCAGGAAAUGGUCUGGCUGUGUGACGGGAGCUCCGCCCCCAGCCGGGGCUCUGACAGCUCAGACGCCGCGAGGAGCUCCGCCAGGCUGCUCACUCACUCCGUCCUGCUGAGAUGGUCCAGUGAAGACGCUCUGUGGACGCACUGCAGGUCAACCAUGAGUAAAUUUGCCAGGGCUCUGUACGACAACGUCGCGGAGUGUGCGGACGAACUUGCCUUCAGAAAGGGCGACAUCAUCAUGGUGAUGGAGCAAAAUGUGUCGGACAACAGUGGAUGGUGGAAGUGUUCCCUGCACGGCCGACGUGGGGUGGCCCCCGCAAACCGACUGGAGCUCCUGCCACAGACCAUGACUGCAGCAGGGCCCCUAAGGCACGAUGCGGAAACCCCCGCUAUGAACAAAGCUAAAAGUCACGUCAACGUGCAAAACAUCUACCAGAUCCCGAGCCCACCCCGACCCAUCAACACCAUCACCUACGAGCGCAUGGACGGCCAAAUCCCAUCGGCAUCGAGGCAGGAGACAAACGGACCGGUCCAGAACAAGCCUCCGUUCUCCAGCCUUGCUUCCAGUCCAAAAAGGGAAGUCUACGAUGUGCCGUCCCAAGCAAGACAAGCUUAUCUUUUAGUUGAAUCAUCACCUCCAGGCCAAAUCCCAAAGACAAAAUUUCUUGCUUCAGUUUUAGAGCCGGAGAACGCGUCCGACACUCCAGAGAGUUUAAGGAGCAACAGUCAAACAAACUCUUAUGUGUAUGCAGUUCCCCCAUCUCUGGCUCAGGACCCAAACUAUGACAUUCCUGUUCCCUCAGGCACAGAAUACCAACAUAUAGUUCCCAGUGGAAUCUGCACUCUUCCUAAUCCCCGCAAACACGAGUGGAUCUACGACGUACCGGCGGGUUCUGAGAAGCAAGGUUCUCCCCAAGGCACCUAUGACACCUUGCCAACCAGAGCUACUUGCAGGCAGCGAUAUGACACUAUACCUGCUCAAAAAACGAGUCCAAACUCUUCAAUUUAUGAUACGCCGAAACCCUGCAUUGUUGAAAAGCCGUGUCCCCCUAAAGCAUUCCCUCGUCCCCCACUCUCAAAUAAACCUCCAACUCAGCAGCCAACAGAGGAGUCACCAUAUGAUGUUCCACCCAAAGAAGAUCCUCUCCCCCAUGUGGUGAGUGAUCCUCUAGGAGAUCAUAAAUCCCUUGAGACAAGGGGUGACCCAAAAAAUACUCAGGAACUGGAAAGGGUGCGUCUACAGCGGAUGAGGCUCUUUUUGGCUUCUACGACUUUUCAUGACUUUCCAGGAAGCGGGAAGGCAAUGGUACCAGAAAACGAGCAACUCAGAUCAGGUCUCUCUGCAGUGCUUAAUCAAAGAAUUAGCACGGCCUCCAGCUCUUCCACCAGCUCUUGUGACUCUCUAUCCUUAAGCUCAUCGUCCCCUGAACCUCUUCGAGAAGUGGCACUGAGCCAGGAAGAAGCUUGCCGAAAACUCCUUGAGCUUCAGGAUUCUGUUUGUGGGGCUAUGCCCCAGCUCAUGGACUUCGUAAGCAGCAACUGGAGGUGUAAAAGCCAUUUGGAGAAACACCUGAAAGAAAUCAAGAAAGCAACAGAGACAAUCGUAUCAACUGUGACAUGCUUUCUCAAUUUUGCCCUUGAUAUUAAGGGCAAUGCUCGUCGUUUAACUGAUACUAAUCUGCAAACCAGGCUCUACAAACAGCUGUCCAUAGUAGAAGAUUCUGGUGUGAUCCUACAACAAACGGCGAGCUCUCUGAACACGGCUGGCUGGCUCCUUGAUACACUCUGUCAGGAUGCAGGCCAGACCCACAACCCUGACCAGCUUGAUCGUUUCGUGAUGGUGGCGCGCACUGUACCUGACGAUGUCAAGCGCCUAGUGUCCAUCAUCUAUGGGAACAGUAAGCUUCUUUUUAAAACUCCUCAAAAAGACCAAGAGCCUGUUAGCAAUGGAAGUCCACCACAGACCAAGAAAAAUCCUGACAAAACAUUAGGAGGACAAGAAUCGCAAGAAGACGACAAUGACUACGUAGAGCUACAGAGAAAAAUUGAAGAAAGGAAGCCAGAAGAAAUACUUAAGGGUCCAAAAGAAAACAUCUCACCAGCCUCUAAACAGGUUGAGAAUAAGCGUAACUCGUCUGACUCCAGCAGCAGCACAGAAGAACACCAGUCAGCCUCCCUGUCGGAGCACUGCCGUCUUUACUUCGGAGCUCUUCAAAAGGCUAUUGGUGGCUUUGUGGAAAGCCUUCAAAAUAACCAGCCACCGGAGAAGUUCAUCUCUCAAAGUAAGCUGGUCAUCAUGGUGGGCCAGAGACUGUUGGACACUCUUUGCAAGGAGGCCCAUCGUCGAGGGUCCUGCCAAAACCUCCUGUGCAAGAGCAACCACCUGUGUGCUCUCCUCAAGCAGCUGGCCGUGGCCACCAAGAAGGCCGCUGUGCACUACCCAGAAAAGCAAGCCCUGCUGGAAGUCCAAGACUUUGCUAAGGAGCUAGCACAGAUAGCACAGCAAUUUCGGAUAUCGCUCGACCUCUGAGCGGAGGCGCCAAACUAAUUUGUUUGCAGAGCAAAAGCAAACGUGUCGUCCAUCAGCGUGUGUUUGUUUCCAUUUCAGCCACUGCCUUGACAGCUUCUGAUAAAUGUUGGGUUUAAUAGCAAAUGCAGGCGUUUCCAAUAUUAAACGUGGAUGAGUGAAGAAGUUGUCUUUGUAAUGGGCGCGGAUAACUUUGUUGCACAUUUGGCGUACUGGAAUGUGAUGUUGCUGAUUUUCAAAUGCAAUUUCAGUAUAGGGUUAAAAUUUGGUUUUGGUAUUCUAAUUCAUAUCUUUGUUCUGUGAAUGUACUUUGUUGGAUUUGUGUAUUUUUUAAAAUUUCUCUUUGAAGAAAAUGUUACCUCCGAGGUAAAUGUUUGAUACAUCCUGCCUUCUGUAAAUGUUCUGUACAAAACACCUUCAACAUUCAUAAAGUUUAAUGUCAAAAACCGAAAUACGUUUAAGUUUCACUGAUGUUAUGACUAAACACUGAAAACCUAAUGUUAGUCAUUAGGUUUUCAUUAACGCUUUACAGCGUUAAUGUUGGGGUCUUCUGGACUUUGCAAAGUCCAGAAGACCCCAAAGCACUCCACUCUACAUUCAGUCAUUCACACACACGUUGUCCUGGCGGUCUAACAGAGGCCAGGCUGACACGCACCAGCGCCACCUGUUGGGCGCUCUGAAGACCAGCAGCAGGCAAGGCGGGUGAACUCUUAGCCAAAAGACACAAAGUGACAUCAGAUUUCUGUGGUAUUUUUAUGAUAUUUUGACUCCGCAUGCUGUCAGUACACAAAUGCUAACCUUUCCGUAACAACUUUGACAGCAGGUCAAACUUAUGAAUCAUUUUGUCCUUUUUACACACACCGAUUGCCAGAAUAGAAAACAUUGCGGCAUUGCGAAUCUUAGACCUAGCAUGAAAACCUACUUCUGCUGUAGCUUCACCUCAAAAACAACAGUAAAACCAUUAGAAGUGAUUUUAUUACUCGCACAGUGCCAGUCAUCAACAAAAUAUCACUUCAAGACAAACGGAUCCAGUUUCUACAUCCAGCAACGUACAGCUACUGUGUAAUCACAGGCAGAUUUGUGGAUUAGUAAGGUUUGUGGAUCUGAAUCGCAGUGAGAACCUGCUAGCUGCUGUCUGAAAACAGGCGAAGAAACAGAAUCCGGUGAUCUGUGAUGAACUGGCAGCUCUAAGAAAAGAGGAACCGUCUGGCAGAAUCUGGGCUAGAAGCUGAUGUUCUGUCAGAGCAGAUGACAGAUGACAAAGAUGGACCAGGGAAAUAGCCAACAGUAGAAAUAGCUCUUCUCAAGAUUUUGAAUUCAUUUGCUAACAAAAAAAGUCAAACUUAAGUGUUUUCUUGC